AUGUCGCGAGAGAUUACGUUAUUUUACACGCUGGGUGCGACAUGUCGGACGCUGAUCAUGCCUGAUGCCGGGUUGAAAAUAGCAGCUAAAAGUAUGGGUAAAAACGACCAUUGUUGUGUGGUUAACUGUUCAAACAGGAGGUCCAAUUUGCCCAAAGGGCACGCUUUUCACCAGAUACCGGCAGCACCGAUUUCCCGUCGUAAUGCCUGGAUAAGAGCAACGGGCAGGAAGCUUGGUAAGAAGCGAGGAGAGUUGACAAUUACAGAGAAUACAAAGGUGUGCGGUUUACAUUUUGUGUCGGGUAGAAAGAGCAAUGAUCCCACGAAUGUUGACUACAUUCCCACUCAAAAUUUACCGAUUCAGAUAAGUACUGCCUCUAAAAGACGAACGAACAACAGCGAACGGGCUCAGAAUUAUUCGACAGCAGUGAAUAAAGCCAUUUCUGAUAAACGAAAAAUUUUACAAAAGUCUGGAAAAUUUUCAUUUCCACUCGAUUUAAAAGAUGUGCAGAAUGAAAUUGAAAUAUCUGAUGAUCAGAAUUCUGAAAAUACAAGCAAUGUAUUAGUGGAGUUCCCUGUAUCCCCUGGUACCACGCCUGAUCAUACUUACUACAAAUUUUGGGUGACACCAACCAAAUUUAAUUUAGACAGUGCAAAUUUCUGUACAGACACUUCCUCACAAGCUGUGUGUGAAACUGGAAACACCUCAGUACAGACUGAAACUGUUAUUAGCUCUACCUCAUAUUCUACAGUUGUUCAAGUUGACACUUUUGAAGGACAUACUACUAACCUCACAAAUAUUCAAUUUAAACAUCACCAAAAACUUAUUAAUGAACUACAAGAAAAAGUAAAACUACCUGCUAAAGAAAAUGCAUGUUUAAACAAGAAAUUGUUUUGUGUUGAAAACUUAAUGACUUGUAAUGAAAAUGCCCAGUUUUACACUGGUUUACCACAUUUAGAAACUUUCAAUGCUUUAUUUACCUAUUUUGAACCAAAAGCAUCUAAAAUGACCUAUUGGCAAGGAAAUGAAACUACAGUUCGAACUCAUGAAAACAAAGGCCCUUCCAGAAAACUGAGCCUUAAAAAUGAAUUUUUUGCAGUGUUAGUACGUUUAAAACUUGGGCUUUUAGUUGAAAAUAUUGCUAACCGCUUUGAUAUUUCUGCAUCUCUAUUUUCAAAAAUAUUUAACACUUGGAUUCGUUUUCUACGUCUGGAGUUGGAAGUGCUGUUUCCUUUUCCUUGUAGGGAAAAGGUACAGAGUUUAAGACCAGAUUCUUUUAGCAAGUUUGAAAAUACUAGAAUAAUACUGGACUGUACUGAAAUUCCUAUCCAAAAACCUUCAGCUUUAAAAGCUCAGCGAGAAACAUGGAGUUCUUAUAAACAUCGAAACACUUACAAGGCGCUGGUUGGAAUAACUCCUGAUGGAACUGUGUCCUAUGUGUCAACUUUGUAUGGAGGAGCUGCAUCAGAUAAAUUCAUUGUUCAAAACUCUGGCAUAGUUGACCUCAUAGAACUGGGUGACAAUGUCAUGGCCGAUCGAGGCUUUGAAAUUGAUGCGGAGCUAAUUAAAAGAGGUGCUAGUUUAAACAUUCCCCCAUUUCGCAAUGGAAAUUUUCAGUUGUCCAGUGAACAGGUAGAAACUACACACCGAAUUGCUGAGGUUAGAAUCCACAUCGAAAGAGCGAUUCAGAGAAUAAAAACUUUUCACAUUUUAGACAGAACUAUGCCUCUAAGUUUGCAUAUUGUUGCUGAUGAUAUUUUUAAAACUUGUUAA